GUAUCAGAACGAGCGUGUAGAUUAUAAAUAAACCUGCGAUUCAUGUUACGGCCGGAACGACAGUCCGGAUCGUUGCGUACGCCGUCAUACAAACAUAUCGCACAUGUUCUGACCAAUCAGAUUGGAGAAUUCAAUCCACUACGCCGUGGUGUAAGACGAACAAGCAAAACAUUACAGUUUUUUACGUCUGACACUGGAGACUCCUUACAUAUAUGUUGAAUAUUAAAUAUGAACUCUUUAUACCUUGAAAACCUAUUUAAAGUACGUAACUGCACCAGUUUCAGUUUUACUGAUCUCCACUUCCAGGGGUUCAUCAUCACAGCCUCACAAAAUGGCCGCCCUGGACUUCAUUUCCCAUCAGCCUCUUCACACUACUCUACAGCUGAAUCACAUGACCCUGUCCCAUGCUAGUGCUGUUCUGAUUGCACUCACCUGUGCUGUGUUUCUCUUUGAUUAGUGGAUCUGUUUGAAGGCCUGCUGAGUCUGGGUUCGGUGGUUAAGGUGCUCUUGUGGCCAGGGUUCUCGAAAUUCUAGAUUUGUGUUACUCUGUUAACUACUGCACGUGCACGAUACACAUUAAAGGCGUGAUUAUGUAUACCAGUGGACUUUUAUUUCUGAGGGUGUACAUGUCCCUGUGAAUGAACGGUUACUAUAGAAACCAUGGUUUAUUAUUGAUAUAGCUGUUGUAAAUUAUUUCUUUUAUUUGUAAGUGAAUGUUAUACUCUUUUUGUUUCUCAGCGCGCGCGUGCGUGCGUGCCUUAAUCUGCAGGAAUCCAGAUUAAAUACGACGAGACACACACAGUCACUCUGAACCAAUCCAGGACUCUUCUACUUCUUGCAGAAGACAAACAAAAGCGUCUCUUCUCCACUGUUUCAGUUUUUUUUUUUUUUAGGGGCGUUUGUAGAUGUGCUGAAUUUGUGCACGCGAAUUUCGGUCUCUCUCUCUCGCGCGCGCGCGCGCGUUUACGGGCUUGCUUGCUUGCUUGUUUGUACGCACGCGCUUGCUUUUUUUUGUAUAACAAACACCUAUAGCACAUAUAUAAGAUUUCUAAAUAUUUCUUCUCGGAACUGGAGAGAAGAUGGUGAGGAAGAAAUUGGUGAUGUUUGUCAGUUGAGGAACGCGGAUGAAGGAAAGACGCAGCGAUCCGCGGCGGCGUGCGUGUUUGUGUGCACGCGCCGGAGCCCGUCUGCGCGCACGUGCGUGCGCGUGGACCAAACUCGAGUCCGCGCGGAGAGCGGCAGAAGCGGAGCGCCGGGAGGAAGCGUAUAUGCGCUCGAGCAAGAGAUCCCAGGUUUUUACCCCCCCACCUCCCCUCAUCGGCUCUCAUCCGGUUCUAAUGGUGGGGAGCUGUACAUGUAUGCUCGUGCGUUAUUUAAAAAAAAAUCCUCGUGCAUCCUUACAUCCAUCUUCUUCACCAUCUUCUCGAGAGGAAUGUAGAGGGGAUGUAACUCUCUCUCUUUCUCGCUUUCUCUCUCUCUCUCUCUCUCUCUCCUGAGAUUGAGGCAUGAUCUAAUCCGGAUCCUGGUCUUCUGGACGGAGGAAAGACGUGAAGGGAAAUCUUUUUGCGCGCGCUAAAUUUCAUCUGAAGCAUGUGGAGGUUAUAAUGCGUUAUAAUGCAGGGGUGUUCGUAUCAUGCAACUUGAUAUAAUGGAGUUUUUUUUUCCAUGAGUAUGUUUUCUGCUGCACCAAAUGGAGAAGCUUUUCCACUCUCACACCUUCUUCUUCUUGAGGAGCAUCACGGGAUUUUGACUUUUUUGGAUUUCUGAUUAUUUUUUUUAUUAUUAUUUAAUUUUUUUUUUCUUUUCAAAAGGGCGGAUUCGUAGUUAAAUUUUUUUGUGUGUGUGCUCGGAGUGAAGGAUAUGUUCUGCUGCUUUAUCGGAUGCUCCAGCAAAAUGGUUUUAGGAUCGGACCGGAUGGAGGAGAAGCGAGCAGCAGGAGGAAAUCCGACAUGUGAGGAGAUCGAGCUGCUCUGACCCUAACCGAUCUCCUGAGCAGAGCUGACAUUACUGAUCUAAGGUGUCCGAACCCUCUUUACAAUGGAAAAGCUGCUCGUCUGCCUGUUGGUCAUUGGAAUGGCAGUGAAGGCCCAGAUCUGUCCGAAGCGCUGCGUGUGCCAGAUUUUAUCGCCCAACCUUGCAACACUUUGCGCUAAAAAAGGGCUUCUGUUUGUGCCACCCAACAUCGACCGGCACACGGUGGAGCUACGGCUUGCGGACAACUUCGUAACUAGCGUCAAACGGAAAGACUUCGCCAACAUGACCAGACUCGUGGACCUCACCUUGUCGAGGAAUACGAUAAGUUACAUUACGCCUCACGCGUUCACGGACUUGGAAAACCUUCGCGCCUUGCACUUGAACCAUAACAGGCUGACUCGGAUAGGAAAUGACACGUUUAGCGGCAUGUCCAAGCUGCAUCAUCUGAUUCUCAAUAACAAUCAGUUGACUCACAUCCACCUGGGAGCUUUUAAUGACCUUCUGGCCUUGGAGGAGCUGGAUUUGUCCUACAACAACCUUGAAACAAUACCCUGGGAGGCAAUUCAGAGGAUGAUCAGCCUUCAUACACUCAGCUUGGACCACAACAUGAUUGAUUACAUUCCAGAAGGCACUUUUUCCCUGUUACAAAAACUCAACCGACUGGAUGUGACCUCCAACAAGCUCCAGAAGCUUCCACCGGAUCCUCUUUUCCAAAGGGCGCAGGUUCUGGCAACAUCUGGAGUGCUCACGUCUUCAUCGUUUGCCCUGAGUUUUGGUGGAAAUCCUUUGCACUGCAAUUGCGAGCUGCUCUGGCUUCGCCGACUGAGUCGUGAGGACGAUUUGGAGACUUGCGCGACCCCUGCACACUUAUCCGGACGAUAUUUCUGGUCUAUUCCGGAAGAGGAGUUCCUGUGUGAGCCACCGCUUAUCACGAGGCACUCUCAAGAGAUGAGGGUGCUCGAAGGUCAACGCGUAACCCUUCGAUGCAAAGCGAGAGGAGAUCCUGAACCCGUGAUCCACUGGAUAUCACCUGACGGCAAGCUGGUCUCGAACUCCUCGCGUACCAUCAUUUACAAUAACGGGACCUUGGAUAUCUUGAUCAGCACGGUCAAAGAUACUGGAUCCUUCACUUGUAUCUCUUCUAACCCAGCCGGUGAAGCCCACCAAACCAUCGAGCUUGUCAUUAUCAAGCUUCCGUACAUCAGCAACAGCACCAAUAACAUCCAGGAGCCAGAUCCGGGCUCGUCGGAUAUAUCCACGUCCAGCAGAACCGGAGCCAACGGAAGUAACCACACAGCAGACUCGAAAGCGAGCUCAGAUAAGCGUGUGGUGAUCGCCGAGGCCACUUCAUCCACAGCGCUCAUUAAGUUUAACUUCCAAAGGAAUAUUCCUGGGAUUCGCAUGUUUCAGAUCCAGUACAAUGGCACCUAUGAUGACUCUCUUGUUUACAGAAUGAUUCCACCGACGAGCAAAAACUUCCUGGUGAACAACCUGGCGGCCGGGACUCAGUACGAUCUCUGCGUCCUCGCCAUCUACGACGACGCCAGCACGUCCCUCACGGCCACGCGCGUCGUGGGCUGCGUUCAGUUCACCACCGAGUCCGAGUACCUCCGCUGCCACUUCAUGCAGUCGCAGUUCCUCGGAGGAACCAUGAUCCUGAUCAUCGGCGGCAUCAUCGUCGCCUCCGUUCUGGUCUUCAUCAUCAUCCUCAUGAUCCGUUACAAGGUGUGCAUGAGCAGCGACCGCGCUAAAGGAACUGACGCCACCACCAGGGUGCAGCCCGACGCCGCCGUCAGUCCCAUGGCCAAUAAAGAGGGCGCGGUGGCUCCCGAGGGUGGCGACGACUGCCAGAAAAGCUCCGCCCCCGGAUUUCCGGAUUCCCUCACUCAGUCGUCAGAGACUUCUCUUCCUGAUUGUUCCACCGAGACGUCCGUCGUGAGCCAGAGUUGGGACACGGGAGGAUCUUCGGGGUCCAUCAAACCCAAACGGAGACCGGCGCCGAAGCCGGAUGAGAAGACCGAUCCGGUGCUCGGCGCCGAGACGCACAACACCAACCGCAACAACUCGAAAACACCACUCCUGCGUUCCGUUCCGCCAUCAGGCCCCGCCCCUUUGCUGCCUUCUCGCUUCAGGGACACACCCAUCCUGAGGAGGGCGCCGCCUCGUCCCUGCGUAUCGAAAUAUCUCACACUGCCGGCAGAGGGGACGCGAGCUGCACCGCGCAGGUACUCGCUAAACGAAGACUUUUCCAAACACCACUACUACGCCGGCAAGCCCGGGAACGCUCGGUGUAAGCGGAGUGUAUCCAUGAACGGAAUGCUAGCCAGCGUGGAAAAUUCGGAUAUGGAUAAAGGGGUGUAUUCCAGUUCAGAGUGGAUCCUAGAGAGCACGGUGUGAAAGACUAGCUAGUGUCCUACAUCACGUGUGUGUGCAUGUGUGCGUGUGUGUUACUGAUUUUUAAAAAUUCGUAAGAAUUCUCACGAUCCAGCUGGUGUGUAACGUUGACGGUUAUUAGCGGUUAGUGCUCGUAGCUUUAAAAUUUCACAGCACCAUUUAUAAAAAUCCAAAUUGUACUACGUACACGCCGUAGAAUUCUUACGAAUUGUGUGUGUGUGUGUGUGUGUACACAUUUGCAUGUGAGUUUUGCAGUUUUUUUUCCCUCUUGUUCUCAACACUUGUAUUUUUUUAUUUUAUUAGUUUUUUUUUUUUGUUUGUUUGUUUUUUUAUAAAUAUCCAACUUCUCUGAAAGCUCACGGAUAAACAGGACGCUCGCUUGCCUUGAGGAAAUUUCCUCAUUCUGCUCAUCGCGCUGACAAAAACAAACACGUCAGUGCCUUCUUAUUAAAAAAAAAAACAAAAACAAAAAAUGAAAGAAAAGGAAAGAGCUCCAGCCGUUUGAGGACCGUAUUUCUCCAGACUGAGGAAUAUUUCACGCAAAAAGCCUUUCUUAAC